AUGCCCCCUCGACCGUCCAGGGGCAGGCAUUACACAUGCGCAGACAGCGUAUUCAGCCGCAAGUCGCUCCCGACCGACGAAGGCCGCAUUGUCUCCCGCCGCGUCGACUGCUGUCACGCGUGCAUCAUGACCGAUGGCGGCUUCGUCUUCGCCUGCAAACUCGACGACUACACCCGCGAGGCCGUCUCAGACUGGGUCAUGGUAUACUGGCCCCCUGACCCCGACCCAAUUCAGAGCCGUCCAUACCCUUUCUACCGACUCCACGACCCCGAAGUGAGGUUGAUUUGGGCCCGUAUCGACAAACACAACCUCAUCCGCGCCGCCUUCAACCGAAAGCCCCCCAAGUCCACCCGCCACUUAGUCCUCAUCGCCGAGCGUCAAGGCGAAGACGAACCCAAGCAUUGGUCGCUUUUUUCUCACUUCCCCAACGUCCUCGGCACUGGCGGGGGCGAAGUCUGGCAGAUCACCACUGGCGGAGGCGAGAUGUACUUUGAGCACCUCCUCACGGAAGCCGAUCCCAACCCCGCCCCAGGUGAGGAGGGCCAGCUCCGGGCUAUCGACCGCAUGCGGUCGUCGCGGAACGCGUGGGAUCGCGUGUUGGCGAAGGAUAUGACGGAUUCUCAGCGGGAUAGGGUUGAUGAGAUUGCGAGGGAGGAAGUGCCGCCGCUGGGGGAUAGUUGGAUGGAAUUGAAAGCGGGCAGUCAGGGGUGGACUAUUAGGGUGGUUGAGCGAUUGAUGGAGGAGGGGAUUGUGGGUGAGUCCCAGGAGGAACGGGAGAUGAUGUUGGAGGAGAUGGAGAAACUUAGGGAUCCGAUGGAGAAGAAUUGGUUUGGAGAAGAGUAG